GAGCCUCAGCCGCAGAAACAGCGGGAGGAGGAGGAGGAGGAAGUGGCGGCGAAGUUAGGUCCGCGCCUUUUCCGGCUGAGCGCAAGCAGAGAGAGCCGAGUUGUUCGAGCCGAGUCGCGGAGCGGGGCGAGACAGAGUGUGCGCGCCAGAGAGGAACAGAAAAGAGCGGCGCGAGUGAGGGUUCGGCGGGACGGGCUAAGAGCGGAGGGGCCGCUACUACAGUAACAGGGAGAAGCAGUGCUAGAAGAGGAAGCGUGUCGGAAGAAUUGGUGACCUUUGGAGUGGGUCCGGCCGCAGUUUGGCUCUGAAUAUACGGCACGAGAAGUCCGGGUGACCGGCAGGGGGACUUUAUUUUUUGUUGUCAUUUGAAAGGAAUUUUUUUUUGUCCUUUGCUUCCCGGUAGUGGACGAAAGGAGGGCGUCGGAAGCCUCUACACAGACGCAGCCCUCCGCUAAAUUCAGGAAAGUAAGACAAGGCCUUCCUGGCGGCCUGCUCGACAAGCCGGCGUUUUUUCAACCAUACUCCGGAUAUUCUGUGUGACGGAAAGAAAAGGCCUGUAACUGACAGCAAAUUCACUCCGUAAACGAAGCAGUGAACAAAAAGGACUUGAUCCGAAUUCUCGAGUGUCCCGCCGCUCGGAGUUGACAUCUCUCUUACUUCCACACCCCUUUGCCUUUCCUCGGAACUGACAACAGAAGUGCAGUUCGAAUUUGCCUAGUAAAAGGUAUUCACUACCGGACUUCUGUCAAACUUUCUGAAGGAGGGGAAAACUUGCAAGGAAUUUUAAGUGAAAGGGAAGACCGGAAUGUUGAGUUUUUGGUGGUUCUCGGCGUAACGUUUUGUUUGGUUGACAUUUAGUUCCGAAGAUGAAUAGAAGGUAGAAAAGGCCGAAGUCAGUAUAUUUUUUGUUUCAUUCUGACCUGAAAGUACAAGUUUUUCGUUUUGAUAUUAGCUUGUGGCCUUGAAUGAAUUCUGAAAGUUUUCCCAAAUAAAUCCAUCUUGGAGAUAUACUAUUGCAAUUUAGAACACUGGGCAGCUGAUAUUGAAUACCCGUUUCCUAAGUGUUUGGGAAUAUUUAUGCAAAGUUUACAAAAUGGGGAAGAUGCUAUCCAAGAUAUUUGGCAACAAAGAGAUGAGGAUAUUAAUGCUCGGACUUGAUGCAGCCGGGAAGACAACGAUCCUCUAUAAGCUGAAACUGGGCCAGUCCGUCACCACCAUUCCCACUGUGGGAUUCAACGUGGAGACUGUCACCUAUAAGAAUGUCAAGUUUAAUGUGUGGGACGUUGGUGGCCAGGACAAGAUCAGGCCGCUGUGGCGGCACUACUACACGGGGACGCAAGGGUUAAUCUUUGUGGUGGACUGUGCCGAUAGAGAUCGCAUCGACGAAGCCAGACAAGAGCUGCACCGCAUCAUCAAUGACCGGGAGAUGAGGGACGCCAUCAUCUUGAUUUUUGCCAAUAAGCAAGACCUUCCCGAUGCAAUGAAGCCGCAUGAGAUACAAGAGAAAUUGGGAUUGACCCGCAUUCGCGAUAGAAAUUGGUAUGUGCAGCCUUCCUGUGCGACAACGGGGGAUGGACUAUAUGAAGGACUCACAUGGCUCACUUCAAACUACAAGUCUUAAUAGUUGAAGAAGGACUGAUUUAGAACAAGCAAAAAAGCAAUUAUCACCUAAUUAUAUUGUGACUUCUCAGAAGAAUAUAUAAUAAAGAGAAGUAUGAUUAUAUUUUUUCUUUGGAUAAUGACCCCAUAACUAAUCAUUUUUUUAAGAAAAGGAAUCUUUGGCUUAUUUAGUUUGGCUUUGCUCUAGUAUGCCUUCAGUUGUCUAAGAUAAUAUUCUCCAGGGGAUUAUUUAACUAAAAAGGUGAUUGCUGUACACUCUUAAUUCCCCGAUGAUUGUGUAGUUUUGUUUCACAAUUACAAAAGGGGGUGGGGGGGAGGGGGUUCAAUCAUUUCCCUUCUUAGUUCCUGGCAUUUUCUUUUUAUAAACUGCUUUAAUGUAGAUUGCUUAUUUUACCAAAUAUAAGGCCAAUGGAGGUGGAGUUUUACAAUUAGUAAAGUUUAAAUGACAUUGAUUUGAAACACCUGAAAAAGGGAUGUCUCUAAAUCGUUUUUGAAAUGGUUCUUUAAAGUUACUCCAACUCAUUUUAAAUGUGCAGAGACACAUCUUCUGUUAACUUUUUUUUAACAUUCUGUUACAGCUUUGUGAAAGUAUUCAUGUAUAUAAUGUACUGUUUACAGAGUACAAAUAUACUACCAAUUGCUUGAACAGAC